CAUUCAAUAGAGAAGAAAGUGAUUGACCUUGCUGUCAACGAUAGUUCUGCUUUUAAAAAUGUUUCAGUUGUGUUGAAAAGGGUCAGCCAUAAUGACAAUAUCACUUUAUUAAACCAAGGUAAGAUAUGAGGGGGUAAGAAAGUAAAUAAAUAAGCACACAUGUCAGCAAGUAAAGAUUUCGUGUAACUAACUCCAUGUUUAUUACAUUAGUUAAAACCUCUUCCCUUGAAAAAUAUCAUUAUUAUCAUUAUCAUCAUCACAAUCAUCAUCGUCAUCAUCAUCGUCAUCAUCAUCAUCAUCAUCAUCACAAUCAUCAUCAUCAUCAUCAUCAUCAUUAUCGUUAUCAUUAUCGUUAUCAUUAUUACCAUUUUUGUUCCUUUUUUUCUAGGUUUAAAGUUUGUACAAGAAGAUGUCAUUGUGCUGAUCGAGGGAAGCCAUAUUAAUACGUCUGACACCUGUGCACUGUCUGCAGUAACUGGUAUUCCUGUUAUCAGCCUCAGCAGAGACACCAGGCCAAUUAAUGAAUGCAAAAAAUCAGUCCAAAUGCAUCCAGGAUACAAGACUUACGCACAUGCUACUCUAGACAUCGUAAACACAUUUCAGUGGAAAAAGCUAGCACUACUUUAUGAUGGUAAAAACUUAUCUUACGGAUUUUAUUUUACGAAAGAACUGUGUAGUUGUCAGGUGAAUGAAAUCGCGUUAUUUUUUGGUUUGUUUGUUUUAUUUGUUUUGUUUUUGUUUUUUGCUUUAAAAUUUGCCUCUUAUCGUCAAUCACUUUCGGCAUAUAGAAAGGAUAUUCACACUGACUUUAUGUUACAAAUGGGGCAAAAUAAUAUUUAGUUUGCAAUUUAUAUGACUUUUAUUUUUCUAUUAUUUAUUUAAAUAUUAUAAUUUUUUCUUUCCAGCGGAUCUCUUGAACAGAGCUGGAUACUUCUACUUUAUAUCCCAGGCAUCUGAGCUCACCGUGACUUUUGUUCCGAUUCGUGAAAAAGAGGAAAUGGAAGACAAAAGCAAACCAAUAGCAACGGCAAUGAACCAAAUAGAAAAGAUUGAAUUGGACGUUAUUUUACUAUAUACUAAAAAGGAAAAUUUGGAACUGUUUUUGAAACAGGUAAAACUCCUCCUCUUAACUGUUAAUGGUGACACUAACUUUGAAACUGUGUAAAUGAGUACCUGCAAUAAAAACUGCCUAUUAUAACCGCAAUGCGAUUGAAACCUGCUUCUAAAAGCAUGCAUAUUUAUCUAGCGUUAAAUUCUGAGUUUCUUGAAUGAGUUGUAAAUUGCCUUGUGCGGCUUCCUAUUUUAUCUCAGUCGCUUUUCAACAUGGUCAUUGUUACCUUUGCUUCUGUAGAAGAGAUGCGAAAAUGUGAAGGGCUAUAAAUGGAUACUUCAAGGACAGGUUUGCAAAUUUCCUAAAAAAAGUUUAUAAAUUUCAGUGAGACUAUUUCCGUGAAAAAAAGAGGAACCCUUUUCUAUUCACUAAUAAAUUAUAAUUAUCAUAAUAAAUUGAACAUGUUGUAGACAUUUCUUCAUCGUCAUCAGGAAUGUUUCAUACAAGCGGCUGCCAACUAAGGAUGCACUUUCAGGCCUUUUUUGUAAGAGAGGCUUUGCCAGUGUCUUUUGCAAUAGAAUUUUGUGUCCACUGGAUCAGUUUUAAUGACAAAAUAAGAUUAGCUAAGAUUUAUCUGAUCCACGACCCAAUUUUUGAGCAACUUUAAACGUCCGGUGAAAUGAGUUGUCUUUAAAACGUACGUAGUCUUAGAAAUUAGAGAUAAUCCGAGGGCAGACGUAAUUAUUAUUUAUGUUAAAUAUAAUUCAUUUUUAAGCAAUUUAUUUCACUACAGGUACCAGGAAACCUAACUAGUCGACCAGUGCAUGUGGUUUUAGCAUUCAAGCUUCCUUAUAUUGAGAAUCUGGCUCCCAAAGAACUGCUCUCUACCAACGUUUCUCAAAAGGUAGGAAUAAAAAUCUGCAAAUAAUCGAAUUCAGCUAAAUUUAUUUAGCCAUUCAAACAAAAGAGGUUAUGUAGUUUUCCUUUUGAAAAACAUGUGUUAACCGGCAUCGCACAAUAUAAUAUUUCGUGCAGGAACUUGCCGCCAUUGCUCACGAUGCAGUACAAGUAAUCAAGCAGACUCAAAAUAUAGAAACAUGUUUAUCAAUAAACUUCUCGGCUGUUACUUCUAAAGACCGUGAAACAUUGCUUUCAUGCAUGACAAAGGUAAGCUAAUUUCUUUGAUUCGUCAAUAUUUUUCCCGGCUUUAUUUAUAGAUUCGUACUUAAUAGUAUCGGUUUUACGAGUGUUUCAAUGUGUUUUCAAUAUGUUUUGAUGAUAUUGUAGUUUUUUUCUUUUUUUCUUGUGCUUGGUUUUGAUUUUGUUUGUUCCUUGAAGUAAUAGGUGUUUCUUAAUUUUCCUCCUUCUUCUUGAUAUGAAAACUGAUUGCUUAUAACCAACUUUACCACGAUACGUUGCCACGAUAAUGGAGAGAUUAGAGCCACGUUUACGGCAAACGGCAAAGGUAAAUUUGUGCCACUUGACCAAGUUUUCCCUUGUCUUGUAUUUAACUGUUCUUUACUUCUACAAAAGAGUAGUAGUUUCACAAUUGUUUGCAUUCAUAAGAAUUGAACUGGUUUUAUCUGCUCAUUUUCGAUUUUCAGAAAUCUCAACUUGAAUCGCUGCCGUUAAUUUGCCUUUUGCCGUGACGCAUGAACUUAGAUCUCUCUGUUAUGAAAUAGAUAGAUUAAGAGAUACUUAGAUGGUUUAUUAAAACCACAUUACAUAUUGCAGCCAUUAAAGCUGAAUUACGUAAUUUUACGAUUAAUAUAUUCAUCUAAAACUUAUAUAUUAAGAUCUACUUGUUUAAUAUAACAAAUAUGAAAUACAAUUUACUUAUCUAAAACUGUCAAUAAAACACUUCCUAAAUCAAAAAAUAUCUGUUAAAAAUACAAUUGAAACUAGAUUCUAGGGAAAAAAAUAGCUACUAAAUUACGAAACAUGGCAAAGAUGGCCCAGCUCCUGACUAUAAAGAUCCUGAGAGCUUACGAUGCGAAAAGGGGCCAUUCCAGGACAGGUGAUCAUGGCGGACGAAACCUGCAGAGAUUUUACCGUUGUAACUAGGCACCAAAACUGAAACUAAAAAUCCUCCAUCAUCACGUCUGCAUUGACUAAUUGUCGAGAAAAACUAACUAAGGUUAAGUCAAGUACUUAAAGUCAAGCCAGGUCAAGUGCACCCCUUAAGAUUUCAUUAAUGAAAUUUUAUUAUUAAGGUUGAAUCAUUUGGUAGUUGUAGAUUUUUUUUUAUCCAUUCAAAGAUUUUCAAUCUGAUCAAAUAAAGAGAAGUUCUCCUAAAAUAUUCACUGCUCAUUGCUCAUGCAGGAAUGCCGAUUUAAAUUUGACACUAGUUAAAGGAACGACUAACGGAUUCAUUUUUCAAAUAUUAAUCAAUUCAUUUAUAGAAUCUUAGAGGGUAGGCGUUUCCUGCCUUGACUGCAAUAUGAUGCAUGAUAUUGCAUUUUUGAAAAACAAGCACAUCGAAUGUAUAAGUUGCAGGAGGUUUCAGUUUUAUCCUUGGUUUAAGUUUUAUUUCCUUUUGUUUUAAACUCAUUAGCAUACAUUACCAUACCCAAAAACAAAGACCAAGGAUAAAAUUGAACCACAACAUAUAUCAACAGGUAAACUUUGAUGGUGUAACACGACCUGUCAGAUUUAGCCAGGAUGGAAAGAGAGCAGGAGUACGACUGGAAAUCUUGAAUCUGAGAAACGAUUCCUUUAGGAAAGUAAGUACCAAGAUCAAGUGCAUAGUCAACAAGUUACUUUAAAGCAACUGACUGGCACUGUGCGCACGGAGAGUACAGAAACAAAGUAACACUUCUCAAUGGUAGCAAUUUGUUUAUGUUAUCCAGUGAUCAACAAGUACGUAAGCAAACAGGCUGGAACAUUAUUUGUUAAUAUAACUUUAAUUUGAAAAGAAAUUACUAGGUACUGUUUAGCAUUUACUUUAAGGAAUGUAUCCACCUCAUAAAUGAAUCACUUUCCUUUUUCAGUUUAUGCUUAAAUUAUGCCCAUGACCAUUUUUCAUUCUAGAACAAAAAUUUCAUUUUCAGAAGCGCAUGCAAAGAAAGUAACAUUCCCGGAGCUUGCUUUAUUUUAUCUUAUUUCAUUUUAUUUAUUUUUGUUCUGUUAGGUAGGGUCUUGGAAUUCAAGUAAGAAAGCUGUGAUGUUUGAAAAUAUCCACCCUAAUAUGUAUGACGCGGACAAAUUUAAGGGAAGCACCCUGGAAGGAAAAAUUCUCAGGGUUGUUGUUACAGAGGUACUAUAAAAGCACAAUGCAUUGCGUAAAUGUUCCUCAAACGACUAUCUUGGGCUCUCCGUGACCGGAGAGAGAAGUAAAUUUAGUCGAAGACAAAUCAGCUUGGAAGAAAUGACUUGAGACUCGAUUUGGAAAACUGUACGCACAACUGAAAACAAUCCUGACCAGCACAGUACAAGUAGUGCAAUUGCCUUGAUAAUGACGUUAACUCUAUGCAGUUAGUUAUUGUAACAUCGCCUCGUUUCCAGCGCCCCCCCCCCCAGUAAUCAAUGUUGAAUAACUUUAUGACGACACCAUAACAUGAUGGCAAUUCAGACAUUGGGGUCAAUUUGGAGGGGGUUCGUUUUUUGUAAAAUUUUUUAUAUUUUGAAAGUGAAGUGUGGAACUUACGUUUAAAAACGUGUUUUCGAAAGGCCAUAGAUUUAAAAUGAUAGUAUAUUAAAUGUAUGUUUUAUACGUUAGGUGUGUAGCUAUUUCUAGUGUAAUAUCCAUGAGACAAUUCACUUAAAGAUUUUUAAAAACUCUUACAUAAACACAGAAUGAGCCAUUUGUCCUGCUCAAAAGACAGAAAGAUGGACAGUUUGCAUAUGAAGGAUACUGCAUUGAUCUGCUAAACGAACUUGCCAAAACACUUCAUUUCACUUAUCAUACCACACCUUCUCCCGAUGGGUUUUUCGGCGUCGAAACGACAAACGGAUCCUGGAAUGGAAUGAUAGGAGAACUACUAAACAAGGUUAGAAGCAAAAAAAAAACAAACAAACAAACAAACUCUCCCAGAUCGAGGUGCCCUAGAGGUGCCGCAUUUCUCUUUGAAACGUUCCUUGCGCAUGCACACUAAAAGAUGCAUGGAGACAUCAUUCUUUUUAUUAACUACAAUUUUGAAAUGAGGUGCCAAAAAAAGUGCAACGGAUCCUCGAGAUACAAAAGAUAAAAACAAUUAUUUGACAGUCGUUCUAGAAGGCACCAAACAAAUAACUCAAACAAGCUGAGAAGUUACAUCAUCUUAUUCAAUGAAGGUAAACCCCUUUAAUGAAGAUUACAAAUUAAAUAAACUUUGGUUAACCUUUGACAGUAUCUAAUAAGUGGAAGAAACUGUGACCGUUUCUCUGAUGUAUUUUUCUUUUUCAUCUCUAAAGCGUGCAGACAUUGCUGCUGCAGCUCUGACCAUCACUGAAGAGCGAGAAAAAGUGGUAGACUUCGCUGUUCCCUUCAUGUAUUUCACUGAAGAUAUGCUACUCAAGAAAACAUCAUUCAACAACGGAUCGAUUGAUUUUCUAAAGUUCUUAAAUCCUUUUCACAGCGACGUUUGGUUUAUUACUCUAGCCACUCUGGUAGUGAUUUCUGUUUCAACUUUUGUGAUAAACUACUUUAGCCCAUACGGAUACAAAGGUGCAAAUGGUCGAGGGACCUCUGAAGAGUUUAGUUUCUUUAACAGUGUGUGGUUUGCAUUGGCUUGCAUGCUGCAGCAAGGAUCUGAUAGCCAACCACGAUGCCUGUCAGGUACAGUAGACAGUAGAGAUGUUACUCGCUCGCAGUCGAAACACAGUCGAUGUUCGGAAAGGAAGUUUCGAUCAGUCUUAAUAUACUGCUCUAAUAUCAGUGAUAAUUGCGUAGUUGCAUGUAGUACCUUCUUCUUUUUUCCCUAUUAUAGGUCGCAUUCUUACCGGGUGUUAUUGGUUUUGCAUUCUUGUCUGGGUUUCAACGUACACUGCAAAUCUCGCCGCAUUUUUGACUGUGAAAAAUACCGUGGCUCCAAUCAAUAACCUGGAAGACCUAAUAGCAUCCUCUCAUCAAGUCACCAUACUAGAUUCAGGAAGUCUCUACGAGUUUUUCAAGACGAGCAAAUAUCAAACUCACCGACAGAUUUGGCACAGAAUUCAAGCUGCCAACUCUUUUGUUCGAAGCAUAAAUGAGGCUGUUCAGUUCAUUUGCGAAAAGGAUGACCGUGUGUUUAUUUGUGACGGACCUGUUAUUCGACAUAUUGCCAACAAGCCACCCUGCGAUCUAAUAACGGGUAAUUAGGUUUGAUUCAGAACACUGCGAUAUGAACAUAUAUAUAUAUGUGAAAUUUAAAAUUUCUGAAAAACAUAUGUACAUAUAUAUAGAAGCCACCGGAUGUGUUAGGGGUGUUGUUGUGUUAGGGGAUUUGUUUGUUUUAACUUUAGUUUUUUUCAGUUGUUGCUUAUAGUAUGUUCAAGCCAUUCUCAAGGAAAAGUGCGAGUUUUACUAGGCUACUUUAUGCAUUUAUUGUCUGAGGCAGAGGGACGGGAAACAACCUCGCGUCUCUGUUUCAUACACUUUGAUUUAGAGUCUUGGUUUCCUGGAAAGGAAACAGAUUACUGUCGCAGGCAAUGCAGCCCGAGCGGCCAAAGGCAAUUGGGACAAUUCAGCAUUUCACCAUUAGGGCAUACGGAACUUACUACAAUGAUUUCCUUGAGCUACCACCAAACAAUAGCUUCCCAGUGCGCAAUUCCUCACAAUGGCCAAAGCGGCUUGCUUGAAUUAGCUAUACAUCAGUAGACGGUGUUCUGCAAUUUUAAAAUUGCACACGGAGCCAUGCCUUGCCUUAGCUGGAUGAAAAAUUCAACAAUUUUUUUUUCACGUAAAUAUUCUACUUUUUUAUGGGGAAAAAGUGCAAAAUAUGCUAAACUGAUGAAUGAAAAACUCUUUCAGUGCCAGGUUUAACCAACGUCAGAGGACUUGGCCUUGCUUUUCAAGCGAAUGAUCCUUAUGUUACAGAUUUUACACUGGCCAUUUUGCGUUUCCAAGAGAAUGGUUUCCUAAGAAACCUGGAACGCAAAUGGUGGGAAUCUUCCUCUGGAUGCCCUAAAGAAAAAGACACAGGUAAAAUAAUUUAGUGUGCUUAAUCCUCACAGGGAUUUGAGGUGGCUAAACACAUUUCUAAAAUUGCGUUAUCUAAUAUGUAUGAAUUGUUGACUUUUUUGGCAAUUAACGAUCCGUAACCUAUCAAACUGGAAAACUUAUUCAAGAGCAGCUGUAGAUGAGGUUUCCAGAUUUGCAUGUUUAAGAAAUAAAGGCACGCCAAAGCAUAGUGAAUGGCCUGACGACUAUUAGGGGGAGAUAUUGCCCUGCUAUGGAUAAAACCCGGUAUAAAAGUCGGAAUUAAUAUCCAUUUUCACACUGCCCAUGGGCAUAAUACACCCUGAUGCCCACCCUGAACAUAAUCAUCUUGUUUCUGUUGCUGGAUCUUUCCUGGUGUACAUCGUGAGUAAGCGCUUCAUUCGCAAAUGUAACGUCUGAACUUUACAGUGGAACCACCAUUAUAACGAACCUCUCUAUAACGAAGUCCAUGGUAUAACGAACACUUUUCUUUACCCCAGUAAUAAUACUAAGUAAAAUAUAUAAAAAAGGCCCUCGAUAUAACGAAACCUCGUUAUAGUAGCGAACAAACUUUGCCAGUGCCUCGGCCAUUCGUUAUAACCAGUUUCCAUUGUAUUUUUAUAUUUACGUUAUAAAUUUUGUAAUUCUCGAACCUUCUUUGGUUUGCAUGUAUUCGUCGAAGUGUUGUCAACAAAGCGAAUCAACUUAACAAGUAUGGCGGGAGUAUAUGUUGUCUUGGGCGUUGGACUGGUUGUGGCAUACCUAGUGCUGAUCGCAGAAAUUAUCUGGAAACGAAAACAGGAGAUGAAGGUUGAAGGUCAGUUAGGCAACGAUAAA